AUGUCUUCGUCUGCAAAUGAAAUAAUAACUUUACAAUUUGGGCAUUACGCGAAUUUUGUGGGGACACAUUUUUGGAACAUUCAAACUUCAACUCUCAGCAAUUUAAAACAGAAAAAAUUAAAAUCCAACGACACGAAUUACGAUGCGAUUUUUAGGGAGGGGAAGACCCUAACGAACGAAAGCACCUACACACCUCGAGUUAUAUUUUACGAUUUGAAAAAUAGUUUGAACACUUUGAAGAGUGAUGGAACGUUGUACGAUUUUAAAAAAUCCACCAACUUAUCGUCGACAUGGCUGGCCGACAUCAACUUGUACGAAGUUUCCACAGUCCACAAGAAUGAUUUUCUCAACUCCCUGGAGAAUGAUAAGAACAAUGAUUCUAAUAAAAUUGAGCCACAUCAUUGCCGAAAGUAUACAGAUGAUGAAGAGAAAAAAGUAGAUUCUAAACAAAGUUAUUUGCCAUCUUCCAGUCAAAAUAUUUUUGGAAAGCAUAGAUUUAAACUGGACAAUGAAGUAAAUGUGUGGUCAGACUUUUUGAGACCCCACCUCCAUCCUAAAUCGAUUGAAAUAAUAAACGCUGAAUUUCACGAUAACGCAGAGGCAUUUGAUUUAUUCUGUUUAGGAUCAGAGGCCUACUGUAAACAAAAAUAUGACAUUGAAGAUAAAAUCCACUUUUUCACUGAAGAAUGUGAUAAUUUGCAAGGAUUUCACAUCCUUGCAGACACCUACAAUGCUUUCAGUGGGUUUUCUGUGUCAGUAUUUGAAGAUUAUUUGCUAGAUGAGUUUCCAAAUAAAGGUUGCCUGGUCGUCAACACGUUCCCCAGACGUGCCAGAAAAGAUUUCACGACAUCAGUGAAAUCAUUAAUUAACACUUUUCUCAGUUACGAAUCUUUCUUAACAUCUGCUUCUGUCCUACCACUGUCCACGGAAAACUCAUUACUGCAGGCCAACUCAUCAGCCUCAUCGUCGUCGGUUGCUUAUGAGCAUUUGAACUACAACCCCAACUUACCUUAUCAUACAAGCGCACUCUUGGCCGUCGGAUUAGAUCAGCUGUCCCUGAAAUACAGAUCUCACGGAAAUAGCGUCUGUCUUAAAGAUUAUUUAUCUGGUCUGACAUUCAACACACACAAAUUAUUGUCACUAUCGUUGUCCCUACCCUUCUCAUUGGAAAAUAACUCGUCGUUGUUUAGAAUGUUCAAUCCAGGUAUCGAUAAGACUCAUGACUCAGACGUCAAUUUUAGUUCCGUGUUUAGGAGUUUAUCCCCAGGGAUGUGUAAGAAUUAUAAAAUUUCAGCACAGCACGCUGUUUUCAGUGGGCUAACUGAUCAAAUUAUGUAUGGACGCAAUCUAGAUGUUUCUAAAUUACCGAGGUACGCUAACAAGUUCGAAUUGCUCAACGAGUAUCUCAUGCGAUCGUUCAAUUACAACUCCAGCACUAUUGAAACGUUCAAGAAUGCAAUGACCAUUGACGAACCGUUCCCCCAUAUAUUCUCUCCUUCACUAAUUCACGCUAAUUUGUUAGGACCGGAUAACAUCGAUGACGAUGGUUACGUCAAUUCAGUGCCGGUUGCCUCCGUUUUGCAGAACAGUUCAGCCGUUGGAGGCCACUUGGAUGAAAUUUUGAGUACAAUCGAAAGAGUUCCUCGUCACAGUUUGAGAAAUUUUAUCGGCAGCUGCAUGGAGUUGGAUGAUUUUAACGCUAAACUCGAAAAUUUACGACGUUUUCGUCAAAAUUAUUCAGACUCUGAUAUUUUUUCGUGA